AUGGCACCAGGAACCUCUUCAUCCCUUCCACCGGUGCAUCAAAUGAAACGAACCGUGAAUUAUGUUAGGAAGAACGAAAAUCUUCAGAAUCCUCGAUCAAUGCUGUCCCUCGAAAUUCCCGACGAAUAUAAGGUCGAUCACGAAGGAAACGAUUUCCUCCUCCACGACGAUGGGCCUAACGCGACUAACGACCGCAUCAUCGUGUUCGGCUCGCAAGAAUGUCUGCAAGCUUUAAAACGAAACAAUCUUUGGCUCAUGGAUGGUACAUUCAGAACGGCUCCUCAACUCUUCUAUCAGCUAUACACCUUCAAUGUAAUCGAAAACGACUUCUGUUACGUCGCACUGUAUUGUCUCCUGACCUCCAAACAAAAGAGGAGCUACCUCCGCUUGUUGGAAAUUGUGAAGAAUCUUGUCGGAGACGACUGUGGAGUGAGAUUCGCGAUGGUCGACUUCGAAAUUGCCUAUAUUCAGGCUUUUUCUGAGAUUUUUCCCGAGGUUGAUAUACACGGGUGCUACUACCAUUUCUGUCAAUCUGUUUGGCGGCGCAUACAGAGCAUUCCUGCGGUAUGCAAAAAAUAUCGAUCGGACGCGAAUUAUUCUUUCAACAUCAAGCAGCUGAUGGCUCUAGCCUUUGUCCCGACUGAGCGAGUGUAUGAAUAUUUCGAGAUCUUGAUCAAUUCAAAAUUUUUCAUUGAUAACGUGAGUGAAUUGGACGAACUCCUGCAAUAUUUCCGUAAAACUUGGGUAGGGAGUCGUACCGCGAAUGACCAAAAACGACCUAUAUUCGUCGAAGAACUCUGGAAUUGUUACGGUAGUCUCCAAUCAGAUCUUCCGAGGACAAACAAUGCUGUAGAAGCUUGGCAUAGAGGAUUCGACUCUCUUAUCAUGUGCUGUAAUCCAUCUAUUUGGAAAUUCAUCGAAGCGAUAAAGAAGGACAACAGCAUCACGAAGCUCCGCUGUGAUCAGCUGGAUGCAGGCUUCGACCGACCGCGAAAACGACGAUGCUACAAGGAUGUGGAGAAAAACCUCAAGGUAGUAGCCGAAAAAUUCGGAGAGAAAGAAGCGAUGAGCUAUAUCCGCGCUAUAACUCGAAACAUUCACUUCUAA